AUAGGAUGUGUCUAAAAUCAAAUUAUAACAGUGAUCAGUUUCCAGGCAACAGUUUGGCGCCGAAUUCGGCUGUUGUGACCAGGUGGACGUGGAAGUACUACUGCUCGCUUACUGUCGCAGUCAUCUGGGCUCCUGCUGGGCAAUCCUUGGUAGUGGCAAAGGAUUGUCACUAGGUUGUACCCAGCUGCGACACUGCAACAUGAAUAUGGCAGCCAUUGUGCGUGCGCUUGCACCUGAAGCGCUUACUUUCUGUAAUCGGUGCAUCCAAGCACUCCAUCAUUUUGAACGUAAGUAAGU